AAAGCAUAGGAAUUUCCAAGCUCAUGUGAGGAACCUUAAAAGAGCUCCGAGUCAAAGGUUUCCCCUACACAGUACACGCGUUGAAAGAAGAAGAAAAGGGGAACUUCUCAUACCAUAUGUGCAUAUAUCUGUGCAUGUCUUCAUCAAUCUCUCUCUCUCUUUGUCGAUCUUGAGUGCUCUGUCAUCACCCUUUCAGUCUAAUCCUUACCUUCACCAUGAUGACCUUCAAAAGCCAGCAUUUCUCCAAAAGAUUGUGGUCAGGGGAUGUCCAGUGGUCCAUAAAGCAUUGCCAGAGGUGUGUCGUAGGUUUCUGCGUGUGGAUUAUCUUGUCCUGUGGACUCAACCCUGGCUGCGCAGUGCCUGUGAAAGCUGGUUGUGAGGUGAUUGGUGAAGAGAUUGAGGAUUUCCAUGCUCAGGGAGAAGCUAUGGCCAUCACAUUCCCGUUUCUGGAAGCUAACAUUUGGUACAGGAAUCUGCCUGUAGACAACAGCACCACCUUCCAGUUGUUCCACAGCAAGCAUCAUGACCUCAGAAACCAGGGUCACAGGGUCAUACAGGAGGGUCGGGCCCUGUGGCUCCUCCCUUCUCUACCCUCAGACUCGGGAACGUACACCUAUGUGUUCAGCAGCGACACAUUCUGCCUUACUGGAAGCUUCACCAUGACCAUCUAUGAGAAAGGAAGAGAAGACAUGGAGAUGAUGUCACAUCCUGUUUCUGCAAAGCCAGACAAGAACCUGACCAUCGAAUGUCCACAUAUAAAUCAUUUCAACAGGCUGGAAAGUCCAUGCUGGUUCAAGGGUUUUCACGCUGGUGUGCCGUUAAAAAAUGGGACGCGUUACGAAAUCUCGUCAGGAGACGCUCUCACCAUCAGAAACGUUUCCACAGAGGAUGAGGGCCUGUACACGUGCUGGCUGACUGUGAUUUUCAACAAUGCACAAUACAAUGUUAGCAGGACCUGGAAACUACAAGUGUUAUCUCCAGUCACCAGCGUACCAGAGUCUCACACAGAACCAACCACCAAAUCACAAGACGUUACUCUGACAUCUUCCAGUCUACUGCCCCCUCACAUAACCACUCCUGUAAACGGCUCUGUGAUUGAAAGUCGUCUUGGCUCCAGUUUGGUUAUUCAGUGUAAGGCGUUUGUUGGCGACCGAUCACCUGUCAUCACUGAGCUUACCUGGCUGGUGGAUGGCCAAUCAGUGGAAAGCUCUCAUCUGCAUGGCAGAGCAUUUCAGGAAUCAAGGAGGGUGUCAGCUGGCCAUGUAGAGGCGCUGCUGGUCUUCCUGGAAGUCUAUGAGGAGGACAUGAGGGCCAAGCUGAAGUGUGUCGCUGAAAACUUGUCAGGAAAACGGGAAGUUGUUAUACAAAUUAAACUUGAAGAUUCCAUGUUGGCGUGGUUAGUGGUGGCUCCUGUAGCUUCCUGCUUCUUCAUGCUGGUGGUGUGUGUGUUCCUGCAUCUGCUGUGCCGCAAACAACACAAGCACAAUGACUACAUCCUGGCUCGACAGAACAGCACCUUUUAAAUGCCUUAGUGGUUUCCAGCUCUUUUGAAAUCGCCCCUUCUCACUGUUAAAUUUGCUCUUUUUCUCCCCUGAUACGACCUCAUUUGUUAGAACAAAGUUAGCUAGCUAAAUAUGUCCAUUAUAGAAAACUCCUUAGUAAGAACAUGACCUAGAUGUCCAGCGUCAGAGAGCUAGUUGCUUGAUGCAGGUUUUUUAACACGGAAUAAAUUGAAGUUAAAGUUAGCUGAGAUGAAGUGGACACUGCAUGGACAGAGCUUGUAAGAGAAAUUAUCCCUCCUAACUGCCUGUAACCACAACCGUCUUCUGUUGGCUUAGAAAGGUAUCUGGUUCGAGAGUGUGCUCUAAAAAUCAGUGUGUUUAUGAACACUUUUCCCUUUCUGACACCCAAAGAGCAAAUUCUGGCUCUUAAAAAUCACUAUAGUCUCCUGCUUUAUUUUUUCAACCUGGAGGCACAGGUGACAUCAGAGUGACACGUCUCACUCAGGAGUCUGUUAAAGACUCAAACUCUCAAGCAGUUUAUUUUUGAGCCAUUGUGAUCAAGAAAACACUUCUCACCACACCUUAUUUUGAUCUUUCCUGGAGCUUGAGAGGAAUGAUAUUGGAGUGUUCAUGAAGGUCAUUAGCAAGAAUGAAAACCAUGCAUAAUUCAGAUUAUGCAUGGAUUAUGCAAAUCCAUUAUUCAGAAACCCAACAUUCAGAAAUGGAAGGAACAGACAGCAAGAAAAAUAACUGACGUGAACCUUUAAAGAUUCACAAAAAUCCCAAACAAGAGGAGACCUAGAAAUUUCCUUGGGGAGAGAAGACUAAAAGGUCAUGUUCAUUGAUUGUUUCACUAUUAAUGAAUUACUUGUGAUGAUGAAGAUACUUCUGUAAUAUUUAACUGUCAUAUUAAUGCUCAUUAAAAACAUUUUGGCAACAAAA